AUGCAGAAUAUGCUCAAUUUUUUUUGUCCACUACAUACAUGCAGAAAAGCAAUUCUGAGAAAGAUUUACCCAGCAGAAGAAGUUGAUGCUGAAAUUCAGGCUUUACAGGAAUCAGUUGCAAUGGAAUUGAAGGAAGCUGAAUCUUCAGAAAAGAUAAGUAUGAUGACACUUUUAAAAACUACAAGUGUGAGAAGAGGUUUGUAUGCAGGAAUGGGCCUUCAAAUAUUCCAACAAUUUGUAGGAAUCAAUAUCGUAAUGUACUUCAGCCCAACUAUUGUUCAACUAGCUGGUUUUGCAUCUAAUCAAACCGCAAUGCUUCUGUCUCUUAUCACUGCUGGGUUGAAUACGUUUGGUUCGCUUAUAAGCAUAUAUUUCAUUGAUAAAACCGGGAGAAAGAAGCUAGCUUUGAUUAGUUUGUUUGGAGUUGUCUUAUCACUUGUGCUUCUUACUGUCACUUUCCGACAAACCGAAACUCAUUCUCCAAUGAUAAGUGAAAUAGAAACUUAUCGUUUCAACAACACCUGUCCUGCUUUUACUCCUUCUCGUGGCGGAUGGGACUGCACAACGUGUUUAAAGGCUUCACCAAAAUGUGGAUUUUGUGCAUCUGACUCUAACAAGAAGCAAUUAGCAACCACCAAAAGAGGAUUUCGUGAAAUGCAAUUUAGAUGUGGCAAUGUUUGAGGUGCAAAGGUGUUUUGGUAUUAGUAUGUGUAUUUGAAACUCUAGGCGCCAUUUCUUAAUGGCAGUAACAUGUUGGCAUGAAGGCAGCUCCCCUCCUCAAGAAGUGGAAGCAAUAUAGGACUACGUAAUGCUAUUUCUUGGCUUGGUAGAUUAGGCUUAUCAAAGGUGUUUAUAGAACUAGAUUGUAAACUUGGUGAUUGAUAGCAUAGUCGAUAGGAAGACCAACCAAGUGGAGUUUGGUUGUAUCAUAUCUGAUUGUCAAGCUCUUUUACAACAACAUCCAAACUUUAGAAUUUUGCUAUGAGACAA